AUGGAUCAGGACGAUUUAACAGAGAAGUUAUUCACGUUAUGUAAGAAUAUUUUUGUUGAUGACUGUAAUAGUGUUUAUGAAUCCAUUAAAAGUCUACAGGUUUCUACGGAUUUAUUAUCUUCCGUCUUGAUAGAUGUACUUGUGGCUAUCGAAGUUCAAGCAGAAACUGAUAAGAAUGCUGAAAAUAAGCAAAAGUUGAUAGAAUUUUCCCAAUUGAUCUCAGACAAGCUCAUUCCUCGAGAUGUCUUAGCCAUGGAGCUAGACUGUUUAGAAGCUGCAACUAUGGCUAACAAACAACAACUCGUUAGAUUAAAAACCAGAUUAUAUUUCAAACAAUCUAAAUUCAACUUACUACGAGAAGAGAGUGAAGGAUAUGCUAAACUAAUAACAGAACUUCUGGAGGCUGGCUCCACUUCUUCCAAAGAUUUACAAACUCGUCUUUUGUGUCUAAUAGGACAAUUUAAUCUCGAUCCUAACCGUGUGACAGAUAUUGUGAUGGAAUGUUUCGAGCAUAAUCUUCAUCAGAAGAAUGCAUUUAUCACUUUGUUGAAAGAUAUCAAAGCUAAUGGAGAUUACUUGUGUACACUGCUUGGAUUCAAGUACACCUUCUAUCAAGGCGUGGGAAAGAUGACUCCCUUUUCAUUGUAUUCAGUUACUGCUGCCAUGAUACAAGUUGGCUUGAUAGAUCUCACCAAAGUAAUGUCUUUUAUGCAGCCGAAUGCUGAUGGCAUAAAAGAAACUCAUAAAGCCAGAGCAGCUAAUGCUAGUGCAAGAACCAAAAAGGCUGAAACCAUUAUGACUACUUCUUUGACCUCUGAGUCAUCUCGAAGUGGGCAACUAGAGACCCAUAAUGGAAAUGAUCAGAACAUCGUCGGUAUUGGUUUUGCCACUGUUGUUGCUUGUCAAGAUAAAGAAGAUGAUAGUUUGAUAGGAGAGCAUUCUGAAGAGCAUGUUCUCGGUACUAAUCAGAAACUGGGACUAAUUUGUGCUUUGCUGGAGCAUGGAGAAUGGACCCUCGCUAAACAAAUCAUUGAUAGGUUACCUGAGUACUAUGCUGUGCAAGCCAGUCGUCGUGUUUGUAAGGCGCUGUCUCAAAUGGUUGAUCAUGUGAUAACAGACUUCUAUCGCGAAAAAUGUUCGAAGGGUCUUCCUGGAUUGAGAAAAGAUCACAACAAAUGUUCUGACCUGACUGGGCUUUCAAAGGUUACUUCAUGGGCUGAGCUGGCAGGUUUCUCUGAAGUUCUAUGGUACUUGGGUCCUCGUUUGGCAUACUCGACUAUUACAAUGAUCAAGUUAUUGAGACUUAUCACGAAUUUCUUCCAAGAAAAAGAAAAUAUUCCGGACUCAGACACAAUGCUUCCAACUUUCUUUGACAUUGUUGAUGAAGUGCUCCUACCUGGUCUCUCUCUGAAUCCCUCAGCCCCUAACGCCGCGAUCUCUGAAGAAAUGUGGUUAUUGCUUCAAUUGUUCCCAUAUCAAUGGCGUUUCCGUUUGUAUGGAAGAUGGAAGACAGUUCACUCUUUCCGUCAUUCCGAGCUUAGUAUCUCCCGUGGUAAAAUCUAUGGACGAACUCGUUAUGUGUUGAAACGUUUGUCUAAGGAUACUGUAAAGGUGAUAGGGCGACAGUUAGGAAAAUUAUGUCAUAUCCAACCGAUUACUGUAUUUGAUUACUUGCUCAGUCAGAUUCAAUCUUUCGAUAAUCUAAUUCAACCUGUUGUAGAGAGUAUCAAGUUCUUAACUAAUUUGGAAUUUGAUAUCCUAGCUUAUUGCAUAAUUGACCAGUUAGCCAAUCCUGAUAAGCAGCAGCUAAAGUCUUCGGAUGGAAACAUCAGCUCUUGGCUUCAAGCUUUAGCCACACUUAUAGGAGCUGUUUGUAAAAAGUACACUGUUGAUCUCGCAGGAAUUCUGAACUAUGUCGCAAAUCAAUUAAAGAAUGAAAAGAGCUUCGAUUUAAUCAUUCUGAGAGAAAUUAUUCAAAACAUGUCUUCAGUAGAAAGUAUUGUUUGUGCUACGCAGGAUCACUUGGAUGCUCUACAGGGUGGUGAAGUUCUAAGGCUGGAGGCUGGUGGCUUCUCAAGUGUUCGAAACAAACGAGCUUCUGGUCGUUUGAAAGAUGCUUUGCUAGAAGGCGAUCUCGCAGUUGGUGUAUGUAUUCUUAUCGCUCAGCAACGUGAAUGCAUCAUUCAUAAUGACAGUUCUGAAUUGCCAUUGAAGCUGAUUGGUGAAAUGGUUGAUCAAUCUCGUGAUACCUUCAUGCAAUUUGGAACGUUCAUCCAAAAUAAUCUCAAGUUUGACGAGUACAGCAAACGCAUGCCUCUGAUCCAUGACUUAAUGAAUCAGUACAACGUUCCACUCGAGUCUGCCGCAUUCUUAUCGAGAUCUAUAUACAUGCAGAAAAUCAUUCAGUCAUAUGAUGAAACGAAGAAAGAGAGGAAACUGUUGGAAGCCGAAGGCAAGCAAAAGCUAGAUAUUCAACAGAAGUUCUUGUUCUUUAAAUCUGCUGUGGAUACAGAAGUAGAUCAACUGAUAGUUGAUAUAAAGCCUUGCAUUUCGGAAUAUGUCUGCAAUGAUAUUCCCAUGAAACUCUUUGUGGUUUUCUGGCUUCUAUCUUUGUAUGAUAUUGAUGUUCCAACACAAGCUUAUGACAAGGCUGUCGAAAGCAUAAGGAAGUCGAUAACAGCCAUCGAUGAGAAUAUGGGCAAGUCAAGAAGACAGAAAGAAGAAGACCGUCUGAAAACAACUGAGAAUAAGUUGAAGGAAGAACAGAGAAAGCAAAGCGAGCAUGUGGAAAGGGUUCGAAUGUGGUUGACUCAAGAAAGAGAAAACUUGUUUGGAUCUGGAAGAGCUCAGCAGACUAUUGGAUUCCUCCAGAGAUGUAUCAUACCACGUGCGCUUUUCUCUGAGCUGGAUGCAGUUUUCUGCGCCAAGAUUGUUAUUCUUUUCCAUCAACAGCGAACUACCUUCUUCCAAACUUUAGUUUUCAUAGACAAGACUUUCAACGAUAUACUCCCAUUGAUCAGUGGACUAACCGAGAAUGAGACAGCCUCCUUCGGAAGGUUCUUAGAAAUGAUUUUGAGUAAAACACUAACAUGGCAUGCUGAUAAGGCAGUGUUUGAUAAAGAAUGCGCUGGGUUCCCCGGCUUCACCACAAGGGUGUCUGGUGAUCCUCAACAAGACGGAUCCAUUCAGUAUGAUGGGUUCAGAAAAUUGUGUUUCAAGUGGCAGUCUCGACUGUCACAAGUUGUUAAUAACGUGUUAGCGAAGGAGAAAAAUGAUUAUAUUCCUCUUCGAAAUACUUUGAUUCUCAUGAGCAAGAUGACUCCAUGUUUCCCUAUUAUACGAGAACAUUCUACCAAAAUUGAAGAAGCUGCUCUACGAGUUCGUGAUUGGGAGAAAGGAACACGAGACGACCUUUCUCUGAAAGCUGCUAGUUAUGUCAGUUGCUUGAAGCGAAGAUCGGUCAAGAUGUAUGAUCGCGAACACUUCUCUCCAAUGGAUCCAGCGAAAAUAAAAGCAGCUAAACCCAGCCAAGAGAUCGCUCGGAAAAGGCAGUCGACGGCGCCUGCCAAUGAUGUCAAAAAAAAGAGUGCAAAGAUAGAAAAGGUAGAGACCGCUGAUGGAGCAGUGGCGGAAGAAGCACACGUCGAAGUAAAACGCGAAGAAAAAUCUGAAAAAGAAACUGAAGACGGCGAAGUUCCUCCAAGCCCUCCUCCGAAGAAGGUGCGUGAUUAG